AUAGGUCCAGGCAGACUGGAUUCAGAACUACUGCUCAGAGUUUUCUUUUGAUUGGUGGACCUGAAUAGCUUCUCUCGCAGUGAGAGAAGACCGCCCAGCUGGUCCCCAAUGUCCAGCUACCCUGAUAUGUACAGUGGUCCCCAGCAAAUGCUUCAAAGAUGCGUGAUUGUACAGAAAGAUGAGAAGGGAUACGGGCUAACGGUUACCGGCGACAACCCCGUCUUUAUCCAAAGUGUCAAAGAUCAUGGAGCAGCAUACAAGGCAGGAGUACAGACAGGGGAUAGGAUAAUCAAGGUAAGUCUUAACCCAUUGCUUACCGCAACCCGAUGGUUCUUAUAUUAA